UCUGUGGUCCCCGUUCCCCGGAGCUCGUGACCCGGACUGCCUCCCGCCGCCGCCCCGCCGCGUCAUCAGCCGCGUCACCAGCCGCUCUCCCCCCGGUCAGCCGCUCUCCCCCCGGUCUCCCCGGUCUCUCCGGUCUCUCCCCGGUCUCUCCGGUCUCUCCGGUCGUCAUGGCCGUGCUGGACGUCGCCCUGCAGGGCCUCGCGGUGUUCGGCUUCAUCCUGUUCUUCGUGUUGUGGCUGAUGCACCUGAUGUCCAUCAUCUAUGUGCGUCUCCAUCUGCACAAGAAAAGGUCGGAGGUCAAACAGCCGUUUGUGCAGCUGGCUGGAGUUUCUUUGCUCAAACCCCUGAAAGGUGUCGACCCGAACCUUAUCUCCAACCUGGAGACGUUCUUUACACUGGAUUACCCCAAGUAUGAGAUCCUGCUGUGCGUUCAGGAUCAGGAUGAUCCAGCCGUUGACGUUUGUAAAAAGUUGUUGGGCAAAUAUCCCAACGUAGACGCUCGAUUAUUCAUUGGGGGAAAGAAAGUUGGAAUCAACCCCAAGAUCAACAACCUGAUGCCGGGCUAUGAAGGAGCCAAAUAUGGCCUGGUCUGGAUCUGUGACAGCGGCAUCAGAGUGAAACCCGACACCCUGACAGAUAUGACCAAUCAGAUGACAGAGAAGGUUGGAUUGGUCCAUGGGUUACCAUAUGUCGCCGACCGCCAGGGCUUUGCCGCCACACUGGAGCAGGUGUAUUUUGGGACGUCCCACCCUCGCUCCUACAUCUCUGCGAACGUGACAGGGAUAAAGUGUGUGACGGGGAUGUCGUGUCUCAUGAGGAAGGAUGUCUUGGAUCAGGCCGGCGGAUUGGUCUCCUUCGCUCAGUACAUCGCCGAGGAUUACUUCAUGGCUAAAGCCAUCGCUGACAGAGGCUGGAAGUUCUCCAUGGCAACACAGGUGGCGCUGCAGAAUUCUGGGUCGUACUCCAUUGGCCAGUUCCAGUCUCGCAUGAUCAGGUGGACGAAGCUGAGGAUCAAUAUGCUCCCCGGCACCGUGCUGGAGCCCGUCUCUGAGUGCUUCCUGGCCAGCCUCAUCAUUGGCUGGGCUGCUCAUUAUGUAUUCAGGUGGGACAUGAUGGUGUUCUUCAUGUGUCACUGUCUCGCCUGGUUUAUAUCGGACUACAUCCAGCUGACGGGUGUUCAGGGCGGCUCGCUGUGCUUCUCUAAGCUGGACUUCGCGGUGGCCUGGUUCAUCAGAGAGUCCAUGGCGGUGCAGAUCUUCCUGUCGGCUCUGUGGGACCCGACGAUCAGCUGGAGGACCGGCCGGUACCGGCUGCGCUGCGGCGGCACCGCCGAGGAGAUCCUCGACGUCUAGUUACCAUGGCAACAAGCUGCAGCUCCAUCACCUCCUCCUCCUCAUGGUCCUGAGGAGG